GUGUCGGCGGGAAAUAACGUCAUGAAUAGUCGCGUGGAAGUGAUUGGACGUUUGGUUUGAAUAAUUUAUUACAUUGUUAUUAUUUUUUUACACGUGUUUUUGAUUUGAUUUCAUAUUGGUUAAAAAGUACUUCUCAAACCGUUUAUUUUCUUUAAAAUGUUAUAAGAUUUUAAAAUUAUUUGUUAUACUUUUAUACAUUCCGGAGACGUGGAGAUAUGAGAGACCCUAAGACGUUAUUAUUUGUUUUUGGGCUAUUCUUACAAACAUGUUUAGCGGAAAACGUAGAAACCACUAAACAUGGAUAUAACACCGAUUCAAGUGAUAAGAAGGUGUCAAAAAGAGAUUAUUACGCACCAGAAUACAACCAUGAUCAUUAUUCGUAUCCGGCUUACCGCUUCGAGUACGGAGUCCACGACCCUCAAACCGGCGACAUAAAAAAACAGUACGAGGAAAGGGACGGGGACACGGUGCGCGGCUACUACAGCCUGGUGGAACCGGACGGCUCGAUCAGGUUGGUCGAGUAUACGGCCGACGCGAAAAACGGUUUCCAGGCCACGGUUAAGAAGAUCGGAAGUUCGCAUCACCCGACCACGGUGACCCAUCACCUCAACACCGCUAAUAGCCACCACAGCGGCGAAGGCGGUUAUGCGCCCAACUACCACGGAAGUGAUCUGGACUAUAAUCACCAUCUGCAGCAGCCGUCGUUACCGACCGUCCACGACAGUCAUCAGUACGAGCCGCCAGCUUACUUGAAUCACUACGAACCGCCACAGUCGCCAGCUUACAACGGUCACUACGAACCGCCGGUGCACGGUUACGACAAUCAGUACCAACAACUGCCAGUGCACGGUUACGACAAUCAUCAGUAUCACCAUCAGCAGCAGCAAUUGCCGCCGUCCGCUUACAAUCAUUACGAACCGCCGCUGGUGCCUGCCGUGCACAAUCACUUCCAGCACCCGCCGUCGCCCAGCCCGGCUUACGAUCACUACGUACCACCGCUGCAGGUGGUUGUACCGGCCGGUCACGGCGAUCAUCACUUUGAACAGCCGGCGGUGCAUCCGGAACCGACAGACUUCGAACACGGUUCUCCGCUGCCACCGCUCUUCGCCGCUGGUCUGCCCACCGCCCACGGCGACUACGGCAGCGCGUCACCGGAAGAAUACUAUCCCGCGCCCCUGCAGUUUCCGGCCACGUCUCACGAGACCCACUUCGAGUGGCCCGCCAAGAGUGGUAGCGACGACGACGACGACGGCCAUGCCGACGGUGACCUAAAUCAUCGCGGUCACCUGCAGGACGAAUACCGAUUUCCGAUCGCCAAAGAGCAUAGUCAUCUGCAGGGCGCCGCGGCCAAAGUGGCAUCCGGCGAACGGCCCGAGUAUCUGAGAAAGUAUUUCGAACCCAACUACCGAGGUCACGCCGCCGGCGUCAACAAUUUUUACGACGACGACGAAUGAAGUAAUGUAUUGAAGUGUAAGUUUGCUCGUAGUAUAAUAUUAUAGGCGAGCUCACAACUUACCAGCAUAAUGUACGUAUGUGAAAUGGUACGUCAAUGGUUAAGUGCACACAUUUUUUCAUUUUUCGGAAAUCUCAUUUGAAAUUUGUUGGGAAUUUAAUAUUAAAUAUGUUUUCACUACAAAAUUUAUGUUGUAAUUAAUUUGAAAAAAACUUCUUGUAGAAGAAAGGAAUACAAAUAUACAAUACAAUAAAAUUAAAUUAAAAUUACACCAAAUACCUACCUAUUCUACAUGUGCGCGCUUAACCGUCGAAAUAAUAAUUAGGUACCUACAGUAGUUGUUAAAUAUAUAAAUAGUGCAACAUAUUGCCCGACCCAAUAAUUUCUUUUCGUUUCAAGUACUUGUCUAUAUUAAUUUACCAACGCUGUCUCGUUUUUCUUACCAGUCCGUUGUAUACGAUUCGUAUCUAAAAACGUACACUAAUAAGUGAUAUUUCUAAAAUAUAACACUAGUACAUGAGUACAUUAAUUUUCAUAGAAACAAUUUCAUAGAAUUGCAUACGAAUUAUUAUCCAGUAAUUAUUUUGCAACAUGAAUUAAAUACAAGCUCUUACUUUUUAUUAAUUAUGAAAAUUGUCAAAAAUAGCCAACCAAUGAUCCGUAAAAUACUGUAAGAAAAAAAAAUUGUGGACGUUGAAUUGAAACGUCUCAUUUAGACGUUAUGAUAUAUAUUAUAUUAUUAUAUUAUUCCAAGAUAUAUCGAUUGCUCCA